GCUUAACUUGUGUCUUUUUACUUGUUUUUACAAAGAAAGUCAAUGGCAUCGCAUUCACCUCAUCCUACUUCUUUGUCACCGCAAGUAAAAACUACAACUGCUUUUCAUUGGCCGAUUCCUGGGUCACCUUCACAUUUAAAACCCAUUACUCAUUCCCAUCCAAAUAAUAAUAUGAAUGAACUAACUGUAAAAGAAAUCUUGGAACGAUACAGUGAUGAUCCAGAACUAAUGAAGUACAUCUUGACAGCAAAGUCCGAAGAAGACAAGAAAAAAGCUGCCAAAGACACAUUGAAAGCAGAAGAGGCACGUAUUCAAUUGAGACAAAUGGAUCUAGAUUUUGCUCGACCACCUUCAGCGGCAGCAACAGGACCACCUCCACCGCAACAUGGACAGGGUUAUGCGCCUUAUUACGGUCUUGCACCGGUUCAGCAGCAAGUACUUGCUCGUUUUAAUUACCCACCUCAUUAUGGUGGACAUCAAUCAGGUCAUCCACCUCCCUCGUCUCCUUCUGUACCUUAUCCUCAUUCUGCUCACCCACUCUGUACUUCUACAGACCGUGUACAACAAUUACGACAAUCCUCUCCCACAUCACCCAUCACCGAAGAAACUAACCCUAAAAAACGCACUCGAUCCUCUAUAUCCGUCACAAACGAACCGAUAAACGAGCAGCACCAAGAUAAAUUAUCGCAUAAUAAAGUCAUGGAAGCCCUGAAAGCAAAGAUUCAACGAGGAAAUGGAGGCCCUCCUUCACCUUUGACUGCAUCGCCCGUGGUGGUCAUUCCUCAAGAUGCUCAUAAUAAUAAAAAGAGAAAGCCUACCUUGCCUAGACCGGUGAUUGUACAUUCAUCCACCAUUUCUUCUCCUUCACCGUCUCCUCGAUCCGCUAAGCCUGUUCUACCACCUAUUGACACAAAUUUAGGUAGAAUGGAUAUCAAAAAAUUAGAAAAUACCACGAGUAGUAGCAGUAGCAGUAGCUCUAGUAAUCACAGUCAGAAAUCUGUAAAAGACCCAGUAACCACAUCAACAACAACCACAGCAACAACCACAGCAACAGUAGCUGCUGCAGCCUCCCCUAGUGAUCAUAUAUUAUUAAAUACCCGUCGUGCUCGUUCUUUAUCACCUUCAUCAGUAAAGAAAGCUUAA